CCCCGCACGGCCCAUCUUCAGUCAGUGCAAGUGCUUCUGGUGAGGACAUGCACCACUGACAGAAGGAGGGUAACGUGGACAUCAUGCUCUGCUUACUACUGUGGUGGCUGUAAGUCAACCUCACAUAGGUCGAUUUAAGUUUGUAGUGUAGACAGGCCCAAAGACAGUGAAUGCCCCUUCGAGCUCUCCGCCCACAAAGUACAAAUUACUGGGUAGGCUCUCAUACUCCCUUUGUUGUAGGUGGAGCUGUUUAGUUGUCUCUCCUGGGCAUUUUAAAUGAGGGGUGGGGUCGCACAGUUUAGAGCAGGUUUAACACAACCCACUGAACACUAUGAAGCUGAUAGCUUAGUACAAUUUCAUGUUAUAUAAUUCUAGCCCACCUUUUGAACCUUAUUGGGUAAUCAGACAGCCACUGGAGCAAAGGGCCUGGAACAUGUGUCUCCCCCUAGAUGAGUACUCUGCCUACUGGGCUACAGAAUCUUGUAUCUUUGUUAGUUAACUUUUUCCUGUGUGCAUAGAAUCCUGGUCUGCAGAUGCAGCAAUUUCUAAUCCAGUCAACAUCCAUUCUCCCUCCAUGCUGUGUCUAUGGCAUUGUGGCCAGGCACAAUAGUAACUGUCAAGACUGGAAGCCUAUGAUUCGGGAGGGAAUCUAUUACUUUUUGCAUGCCCUAGCCUCACCCUCAGGGACUGCACAGGAUGGAGAGUGCUCAGGGGACUUGGAGAAACCUGAUGCACUGCUUUGGAAAAUCCCCCUCAGCACUCAACCCAGCCUUGCACCAUACUGUGAGCACACAGCUGAACAUUUUUGCCCAUGCAAAGUGUAUUUGUAGAAAGUUGACUUUAUGUAUUUAUUUUCCAGAUAGUCCUGAGGAGGAAAAGGAAUCACUGAUGGAAAAAAUGAAGGAAGUGGGAAAGAGAAAGAGGAAACUUGAACAGGAAAAGGGUGAAUUGCAGGCUCAGAUAGGAUCCGUCGAGAAGGAAAUGAGAACUGUCGAGAAGGACAUGAAAUCUCUCAAGAAAUUAAUGAAGAAAGUGAGAAAGAGAAAGAAGUCUGACCAAAAAGUGGAGGAAGGAAAGGACAAUAAGAAGAGUAAGUUUGAAUUGAAUGGACUUCACAAGGGUGUCAGAUUGGAAUUUGCCAUUAAUCUCUUGAAUGGUUUCAAAAUCAGGCACAUUAGGAGAGUGUAUGUGUGUGGGGAUGGAGCUGAGAAGCACUUCUGUUUAACCAAUGAGAAAUGUUCUCUCUUUCUUUCUCUUCAUAUAGGUGGGAAAGAAAAUGAAGAAGAUGAACUCCAGAUAGAAAUGGGAAGACUCCAGAAAGAAAACAAUGAACUCCAAGUAGAACUGAAAUGGAGAAGGACUCACAGGUACGCAGAUGACAUCACACUUAAUCCAGACACAGCCCACCCCAACCUCUCCAUUUCUGAGGAUAAGAAGAAAAUUACUCAUGAAACCCAACCUAAAACAGUCCUAGCAACUCCAGAGAGGUUCGAUUCGACUGUCUCUGUGUUGGGCUCUGAAGGAUUCUCUGAUGGAAAGCAUUACUGGGAGGUCGAUGUCAGAAGCAGCAAUGACUGGGACCUGGGAGUGGCCGUAAAAUCAAUAGAGAGAAAAGGAAAACUUUUCCUGUCCCCUAAAGAGGGAUUCUGGGAUCUGGGUUGGAGUGGGAGAGAUUACUGGGCAAAAACUGAUCCAUGGACCUGGGUCAAGGUGCAAAAAAAGCCAGAGAAAAUUGGAGUUUACCUUAGUUACCAAGAGGGGCAGGUGACCUUUUUCAAUGUAACUGACAUGUCUGUGUUGUUCACAUUUAAUGAUUGUUCAUUCUCAGGAGAGGUUUAUCCAUUCUUUAAAAAUUCCCACAAAAAAACAUCAAUGAGAAUUUGUUCUUUAAGAGAAGAUGAAUGAGUUGAAAGUGGCACUGCCACUCAUUUAUCCUAAUGUAUCUUUGAAAUCAAAUUUCCCAUCAAUGAAUUUGAAUUACAUUUUGCCUCUAUAUUAAUUCUGUGGUGCCAUCUCUAAAACAGCACUGUUAUUCAUUUUAUGGCUGUGAACCUAUGACACCAAGUUUCUCUCCAAUAAAAUUUGAACUGUAGUUUUUACUCUGUACUUUGUGAGCUGCCAUCUUAAUUACUUGCUUUCAACAACAAAUGAUUUUUUUGUUA